AUGUCGACAGAAAUCGCUUCGUCUUCGCACGAUUCUACGACAAGUGACAUCCUAAACCCGUGGAUUCCAGAGCAACAUGCAUUCUUGUUGCAACUGAAGUCUACAGACCAUGUCAUCGAUGGCCCUUUCGGCUAUCAACUAGUGCACGGAGACCCAGAAAUCGAUGGCUUUCUCCACGAGAAGCUCGAGAAGAAUCCGCUUGCUGCAAUCGCCAACUAUCAUGUGAACCCAACUCCUGGACUGGUGUUCAUCCCUUCGGCUUCAUCAUCGGGCUAUCUGGUUAACGGCUUGCGGAUCGAGAGUAACCAGUACGUCAGUCACCCCGACCAUUCCCCGAAACGCUGGCUCCGCUACGGCUGCUACGGCUUCCUCGAGGUCACAGCUGAGCUAAUGACAAGCAUCUGUCCCUGCGAUCUCGCGGGCCGCUCGUGCGUCUGGGACGAAGUCUGGACUUGGGACGCCGAAGCAAGGAAAUGGCGUGGCGGCUGUCCCAUGAUUCGACUUUGUGAGCGUCUCCAGGCAGUACCGCAACCUGCAGCGCCAGCUCUCUCCCCCUUCCAGUAUGCACUUCAUGUCGACGAAGUUGCUCACGACGCUCUCAUGUGCAUGCAGGCUGGCGAUGCCGAGACCACAGCGCUUUUCACUCCUCACACGACUGACGACCAGUCCCCGCCCCUCCUCGGCUCGUUUGAGGGUAAUGACUGGCCGGUCCUCGUUCCAUCUCCUUUGCCCGCAACGCAUGGUGACCAUAUCUUCACAUGCAACCACGUGCACGGCGUGCGACGUAGCUGCUAUUCUCUCCGAAGACGCAACAACAUUUGCAGUGCGACUGCGCGAGGUUGGGUCUGUAAGCAUGGCCACGACUUCAAGAAGUGGAGGAUCAGAAGCGCACAGUACGAAGAGGAGCAUGCGAAAGCCGCGCGAAGUCUAGUGACGGAGGGAAAGGCGAUAAGAGUGCAGCGUAGGAAGGAGGAAGUGGAAGUCUGGUUGCAUGUUGAGGGAUACAGCGGCGCAUCUGGGGUACCAGGUCGCUUUGUCAUUGACGGGAAGUUUGAGGUGCGCGAGGCCUGGAACAUAAAGCACACGUUGGGGUGGUGCGUGACUUGCAACCCGCCGCCACCGGAAGCUGUGCUAGGCGAGGACGGAGUGGGUGCCGGCAAUGAUGAGGAUGACGAGAUGAGGCAGCAGGAGGGUGUCCAGGAGACCGCGUCUGCAAGCCCUAGUUGGUCAGCGAGCGAUACGACGUACCAGGACACGACCUACCGGAAUGACGAAGUUGACAAGGACCUCUUGGCUGCAUGGCGCAAGGUGUUGGUCAAAGAGAAGGAGAACGAGAAGAAAAUCGAGUAG